AAUGUCUCGCCCGAUUCUCUAGAAUCCUCUUGGUGGGGAGGCUUGGUGGGAAGUUUCCCUGCCAAUCACCAAUCGGGACACAAGGCCAUAGAAAAGUCCCGUAGGGCCACUUCAUAAAAUGUAAUGUUGUUCAAAAAAUUUAUCAUUCGCCGGUUGGUUGUGGCUGGAGUUGUUUCAACCUAACAAUAUACGAAGGAAAUACAGUACUGUUGGAAACCUACUGCAGAUUUCAGUGUAAAGAUGAAGAAUGAGAACGGCUGCAGACUCUGAUAGUGCUAACAUCAGAGAGUGAUGUUGAGAAUUCGUAUAACACUGACAACGAAGUGGAAACUGAUUCUGCGUCAGAAAGUGAUUCUGAUAAUGUAGAUGAUACUAGUAGUGAAGUAGGUGAUGAAUAUGAAAGCGAUCCAUGGGCUCCUUUAAAAGCUGAAGCAGCCCAACAAAGUUUAUCGGAAUUCGAAGAACUAACGCAGAAGUUCACUGCAAAAGGUUUUGACGAAAAUGAAGUUAAAGACAAGGCAUACUUAUUUAAUUAUCCUACCAAAACUUCGUAAAGAUUUGCAGAAUAUUUAUCUGGAGCGUCUAAUCUGGAUAAGACAACCAAAGAGGGAUCCAGUACACAAAAAGUUUAUGGAAACCAGGGAUGUCUUUGUCAACGAUAAUAAUUUCGACCACAGGGAAGCGUUAGAGGCCGCUAUUGACAAGAGAACAUUUUUUUUAAAAAGACUUCAGGAACACAUGAUCUCCCAGUGACAUUGAUUCUUAAUGGUUAUUUGUGUUUGGUUUAUAAAAAUAAAUUAAAAUAUAUACGAUUCUGUGUGGUAGCUAUUCCCCCCUAACCCAUUUCUCUAACCCUUUCCCAAGUCCCGGAAAACCUUCAAAAAGGCCUUUGGGGCCACAACUAUUUAAUGUUAGGAAAUCACUUGAUAUUUAUCAUUUGACAUUAUGCCUCCGAAGUGUAAAGAUUGUCCCAUCUGCGGCAAGCGAGCUUUGAAAAGAUUGGCAAACCAUUUGGCAGACGUCCAUGAACUUUCUUCCGAAGAAAGACAACCUUACCUUAUUCGUGCUACGCUAACAGCUUUAGACUUAGAAAAUGUUUUAGCAGAGUUGUAUAGAUUAAUUGGGAACAGUAAAAAGCAGUCUAAGUGGAAUACAAGCGGAAUAAAGAAUAUACCCAUCCAUCAACCAAAAUCCUCCUGGAAGAGUACAAGGUGAAAUACAAAACCUGCAAAGAACGUAAAUAAAACUCUUAAGUGAGUAAUAUAUUUAUACAGACAAGAAUUAUUAGCUUUGUAGUACUUAAAGAAAUGAAUGUGUUCUAAAAAUGAAAUCAUGUGUUUUUGCCUAUUUUAUAUCCGCGCUCGGUGUCCACGCUUAUAAUAGCCCGGUAUUAUCCUUCAACAUCCCCAUUAUGAUGUACAUUGUACGCAUCUUAUCGCUAAUGAUCGUAUAAUGAUCGUAGGCGAACAUAACAAUGCACAGUAACGCGUGCAUGUGCUUACUUCGCUUGGUAUAUUUAUUAACAUUGCUGGUUGUGACGAAUAGAUUCCUCGCUACCAUUGUGUAAACAUACGAAAGUUAAAUAGGCAAUAAUCACGACCAAAGUUUGUAACAUUGAUCUCUCUGUAGACUUGUUCAAGGUUUAGUGAUCAUUGUAUUUAUAUGAAACGAUAACGUUUGCUUAUCACUAUCAAUUUCAUUUCGUCUCAACUCAUCAAAAAUUGUAUCUAUGUUAUCCAUUGACUUUGCUUGGAUCAAAUGUUUGGGGAAUUUUGUAGCUAUGCUAUACCAACAUCAAUCCCUAAAAAAUGCCUAGUCAGCAAGUUUUGCCCGAUCUUGCUCAAGCUUGCCCUCGUGACGUCAUUGCAUAUAUUAAGUGAACACACCCCACAUGAGAUCCACCACCUCACGCCGCCACCACACUCCACCUCAUUUUAUGCUAAUGAUGAUGCGCCACCUCAUUCUAUGCUAAUGAUGAUGCGCUACAGUUUAUGCUAAUGGUGAUGCGCCACCACAUUCUAAGUUAAUGAUGAUGCGCCACCACAUUCUAUGCUAAUGAUGAUGCGCCACCACAUUCUAUGCUAAUGAUGAUGCGCCACCACAUUCUAUGCUAAUGAUAAUGCGCCACCUCAUCAUUCUAUGCUAAUGAUGAUGUGACACCUCAUUCUAUGCUAAUGAUGAUGCGCCACCACAUUCUAUGCUAAUGAUGAUGCGCAUACGCCACCACAAAAAUAAGGGUCGAACGGUACUUAUAUUACUACUAACGUCGUUGUAAUAAAAUGAUAUUAAUAUCGCUAUCAUUUGUUUCAAAGAAAUUAGAUGUGAAUUUUCCGCAAGGGAUUUUCUCAGCGGUUUUAUGUUUCUUAAAUCCAGUUUUGAUUUGUCUUAGAUAUUCAGUCGCACCAAUGAAAGGCCAACUAGGUAGGUGCAAUUUUAUGCUUGAAGUGGUUAUAUUUUAUAUCACUGAACUUUUUCGAUCGACAGUAGGGUGUUAGUCAAGUUCUUUUUUCAUGUGUACAUGAUACAAACGGGAAAAAAGAACCAAAUUAUAAUAGCUAUAUAGUGUCCGGACCGAAGAAGAAGCUCAGUCAUUAAGUUAUUAUGGCUAAAACACAAGAUCAUUCCUCGAAACAAAGUUUAAAUUAAGUCGUUUACAACACUAUUUGAACAUUCAAAACACAGGAUUUUAAAUGUCUGGAAAUUUCUUUUACCAUGUAGGUACAAUGAUAACAACAGGUUUUCGGAUUUUACUAUAAUAAAAGUCGAAAACAGAGCAGCUUUCAGUGAAGUUUCACUUUAUAGUUCGCCAUUCAGAAAAGUUGCUCAUUUGCAAUGGCGGCAAAUAAGUGUUCUAAAAAGCGUCCUUGUACACGUACUGUAAAGAAGAACGUUAACACAAACUAAAGUAGAAUACUAAGUUAUCGUAUUGAUAAUAUAAAUGAAAAAAUUCUAAGAGCAGUGCAAUUUUUUCGAAAUACAGUGCCGAAAAAAGAAAUACAGUACAAAUUUCUUAAUUUUUAAAAUUGUAUUAUUUUUUUAUUUUUCAAAUCUUUUAAUUUUCUUACUUUCUUAAUUUCUAAAUGUGACUUACGCUCGUGACUGCAUGUUUUCAUAUAUAUUGUUAAUAAGUAAUAGUAUGGUUUCUCAUGCAAUUGGAAAAAACAUACACCCUUUAGUUUUUCAAAGACUUGCAGGAAAUAUUUUAUGUUAAGUGCAAACAGAAAGUAAAUUAUUUAAUUAAUUUUUUUAUUUCUAGAAUCAAGCAAAUUUCAUUUGACAUUAUUGGAAAACUUAACCGAUUUUCACAGCCAAGGAAAAAAGUUGACGGAUGAAGGUACAUUUCCACAAUACACACGACUAAUUCAUUCAUACAAUGAGUUCCUUUAGCGGUAUAAGCUAUGAUCCACACUCUACGAGUUUAGGUUAUUUCAGCCAAGGACAUUUCAGAGGCUGAACGUCCUUGCUGUCUUCGCACAUCUUGUCAAGACUCGACGACAAAGUCCUCCAUAUGUAAAGGACUGAUUUAGGACUGACCGCAGACUAACAACAUCCUUGAUUGUUUUGUAAUUGUAAAAUUUAAACUAAGGCAUGUUUCUUGUUUGGGACCGUUCUCAAGUCUGGGGUAUAUGCUGCUCCCUACCCAUUCACAUAGGAUCGUCCAUUACGUUUAGCAAACCUAAAACUGAAAAAUAACAGGUGCCACAAGUAAUUUCAGAAUUGGCAAGAUUUUUUAAUAUUUAUGUUAUAGACAGUACUCCUGUUGUUGAUGAGAAUGUGUGUCUUGCUCUGGAUUGGGAUGCAAAAACACCAGACAGCAAAGUUAUAUCUAAAGACUUGGUAAGAUUUAUUUUAUUUCGCUGCUACUAUAUACGAUAUCUGAAGAAGUUGUUCCGGGGGGUUCAACUUCUUCACAAAUAACAGAAAUUGCAGGUCACAACGUAAUGCACUGGGAACAAAAUCCCUACUAUAUGAAAUUUGCAAUUGCACCACUAAAUCCAUAGUAUAUCCAUACUAUUUUUAUACUAUAUCCAUAGUGUGGUCCUGUAUGGAAAUAUGCAAUUAUUAUAGAUAAUCAAAAUCCAUUCUAUUUCCAAUACAGGCCCCUACAAUUUCCAUUCUACGGCCUUCUAUGGAUUUUCAAAAAUGUUUCCAGUGAUGACUGCAAAAUGCCCGGCAGCUUCAGCACCACGGCUGCCAGGACGAUUUUAUCAAAAUAUCUUCGAAGGAAAGUUUCUUACAUCCUGCAGGAAAUUUUCGUCAUCUCAUUAAAAAUUUCAAAACCGUUUUGCAAGCGAGAUUUAUCUUGUGUCAAAACCACAUACGCAUGAUUUUUAUCUUUGUCAGAAAAUUUCGUUCUUUCAUUUUGCUGCCAAGAAGAGAAUAUAUUUUCUAGGCCUGAUGCAUACUUUUUCAGUUUAUUUCUCGCAUUGUAUAAUUAUGAAUUUAUUUCAUGUUUUUACUCUACUUUAUUUAUUUCAUUGUCGAUGUAUUAUUUUGCUUUUGACUUCUUGUUCCAUUUAAUUUACCAGAUGCUAUUCUUUUAUAGGUAUGUGAUAUUCAUGAAAGUGUGGAUGAGAAACAUUCAAGUGAAGGUAUGCUCACAACAUUCUUAUUGUUCCAGGUGCCCGGAUUCAUACAAAAGCAGAUCUGCAAGAUGACGUCACAACAGAUCAUCUGUGGCGUAAAUUUUUAAAGUUAAAUAAAAACACACAUGACAUGAUUUAGUCGUCAGAUUUACUUUACGUUAAGUUUACUUCGAUUGAGCUCCAAAUGGUCGCUUUAAUUUGAAUGGCUAAUAACGAAUUCAGAAGAGCCAUUCAAACCGUGGUUUUCUCUAUCAUCCCUGGUGCCCACCAUUGGAUGAUAGACGUAUCCUUAAGACCUGAAUAUGAAAACCUGAAUUGUUGGUGGUGGUGGUGUUGGUAGUCGAGGGCGUUUUUGGUGUUUGUGUUGCAUGUAUUGUCGUUGUUGGUGGUGGUAGUGGAAUUUGGACCUGAUCUACAUGGCGGACCUGCUACAGAUAGUGGACAUAGUGGACCUUGUUGUCCUGGACUUUGUGAGCCAACUAAACGUGAUGGGGCUUGUGGUCGAGGUGGAGCUGGUGGACGUUAGACCUUGGCCGGUUGUACCAAAGCUGGAUAGCGAUAUAUAAAUGGAUAGUGAUUUUUUGAAGCUUUCUCAAAUUGGUCGUUGACUGGUAUGAUUACACACAUUAAACUUUAGUAUAUGAAAAUUCAAGUUGCCUUUUAUUAAUUGUGGGAUUUAUAUCCAUAGUUUUAAUUCUCUUCAAGCAUUUUUGCAACGGUUGCAAAAAUCAUUAUUCGGUGAAUAGCGCUAUCCGGCCUACAUACAACCGAUCCCUUAUGGAACAUGUUGACCUUCUGGAUCUGGUUGACCUUGGCUACUGCUGUUGCGCAGUAAUUGGCUACUGCUAUUGGGCCGCAACAUAGAAAAAAUGUAGAUAUAGAAUUCGUACUUGAUCACGAAUCAUGUUUCCACUUUUUUCAUGCGUGCCUUUUCAAAUCCGCCAUAUUGAAUUUGACUAGGAGUGAGAAUUAUAGAGUAUAAACAAAGCUAAGACUAAGUUUUCAUCAUCAAAACGUUUUGUCUUGCAGUCUAAUUUGCAGUUUGAGGAUAGAUUUUGAAAUAUUAAGUUCCUUGAAGUCACAAAAGCAAAUGUAAGUGCUGUAUCAGUGGAUUUACGACAAGGGUGAAAAUCGUGCAGCCUUGUAAAAACAAAGUAAUUUCUCGUAAUCAUAAUUUGCCCUUGCUGAAAAUGCAAGGAAUUUUUCGGGGGGGGGGUGUGUCGCAAGUGUGACUUUCCAUUGCGGCAUCGUGGGUUCAGGAUUGCGCAAUUUAACUAAAACAUGCUCACGAUGAUUUAAGGACCAAUUCUACACAAUGCUAUUCAGAACGAAUUUCGUAUUUAACUACGUUACAAAUCUUAGACGCUGUAUUUGUGGGACGUAUUUUAUUAUAUUAUAUUUCAUUGUGCAUGCGCUUGAACUUUUCUGUGUUUUUCGAUAUGAUAUCGCCGUCCUCUGAAUGUUUGUGAUCAUGAAGUGACGGCCGUCAAGAAGUGAAGAACAUCUACAUGUUUCAAAUUUAUUUUUUUAAUAUUGCGAUGGUAUUUCACCAACCGCGAGGCCAGUGUAACGCCUGAGCAGGCGUCUUGUUCAGUUUUAAAACUGUUUUGUUAAUAUCUCAUGGAAUUACAAAAUGAUAGUUCAUUCUUUGCGGAGUUUCGUUUUCUUUCAAACUUAAGGGACUGGUCAUAAAGUAACUGCUAGGGUGGGUUGGAGGUAAAUCAUAAAUUUUGCCAAUGAGUUUGGUGACCCAUCUUAGGAAGUAGAUAAAAAUUUCAAAGCCCAUCUAAUCUUACCAAAUUUAUUUCAUUCACCCACCCAGUCUAUAAAUUGGGAAAAUACACUUUUAUAAUAAAAAAAAACUUGCAGGUAUAAACAUUGUAAAUGCACACCGGCACUAUAUUGGCAUACAUAAUUCCACCAAGCUUGACCAACACAUUCAUCACCAAUUACGAUACUGAGCUGCUCUCCAGUUGGUUGUAUUUGUUGUGAUUCGACCACUUCUUCUUGUUGUAUAAAACAAAGUACUGGCGUCAAUAGCAUCAUUUGCAUUUGAUAUUUUGGAUAGUUUUGUUUACUUUAAUUAUUAAUAUAUUAAAAUAAUAUAUAAUUAACAUGGGUUUUUGUUUGGUGGCCCAACCGUGGACAUACAAAAAAAUUGGCGGCCCAUCGAAACUGCCCAAAGAUUUUCCAUGGUCCAUCCCAAAUCACUCCAGCCCACCCUAGCAGUUACUUUAUGACCGGUCCCUUAAAUUGAAACGUUUUCAUGUCUUGGAAAGACAACCUUAAUUGAAUCAGCUGUAUAUUUAUGUGGCGAGGUUCGUAAAUCUAAACCUGGUGGGCCUGGUUGAACUUGUGUUUACGUUGUGGACCUGCUGGACUGUUAAUGGUGGGCGUGCUGUUGGUCGUGACCGUACAUGGUGGACAGGCCAUCUUGUUGGUUUUGUUGGACAGGUAUUCUUGUUGUUAGUGUGUGGGUGUGGAUAUAAUUAUUGCUGGAAGAGGAUUAAUUUAUGUUUUCCACAAGGCCUUGUACUUACACUGCAUUCCAAACCCUCAAGUAUAUUUUUGUUUUUUGUAGACAACUCUUGUUCAUUGGAAGAAUGUCUCAAAUUGUAUUGGAAUCCAGAAAACAUUAACAAAGAAUGUGGUUGGUGAGAAACUAUUAAUACUAGUCUUGUACAAAAUUAUAACACGUGGCGCGUCCAUAAUUUUAAACAACUUUAGUUGAUUUUUACUUUUUUAGAAGUAAUUUUUUUGGUUUGGAAGUAAUUCUAUAAGUAAUAUAGUUAUUCAUCGAAGUGGAGGUGAAUAGUGCAAGGAUAUUUACCCAAUCACACCAAUCAACGAAACCAAUCAAAUCGCUUGAAAAGCACUAUUCUCCCCCCGAGUGCAUGCUAAGUUAAAAUAUCUCAAGACUUAAGCUCUAUAUUAAAAUCUGUAAUAAGAUUUUAUAGAUAAUUUAAACGUUCGUUCAAACGAGACAAUAAAAAUGUUUGCUGCCAUUGUCCUUUAAAAUUGAGUUACAAUACUGUACUUAUCACUUAUUUACUGAGAUCGAGGGAAACAGCGUGCUUUGUGGCCCCGAGUUCGCCACUGGAAUUUUUUUCAAAAUCCUUACUAUGGAAAUAGUAUGGAAAUGCAUUUUCAUACUGAUUGCAAUUUCCAUAGUACAUGUAUAUGCAUGUACUAUGAAUAUAGUAUGGAUAUGCUAUGGAUUUAGUGAUGCAUUCGCAAAUACCAUAGUCUGAAUUUCACUAUUUUUUCCCAAUAUGCAUAUACUAUAUUAGUAUGGAUAUGCUUUGGAUUUAGUGAUGCAAUCGCAAUACCAUAGUCUGAAUUUUACUAUUUUUCCAAAUAUGGAUAUACUAUGAAUAUAGUAUGGAUAUGCUAUGAAUUUUGUGAUGCAAUCGCAAAUACCAUAGUCUGAAUUUCACUAUUUUUUCUCAAUAUGCAUAUACUAUGAAUAUAGUAUGGAUAUGCUAUGGAUUUAGUGAUGCAAUCGCAAGUAUCAUAGUCUGAAUUUCACUAUUUUUUCUCAAUAUGCAUAUACUAUGAAUAUAGUAUGGGUAUGCUAUGGAUUUAGUGAUGCAAUCGCAAGUAUCAUAGUCUGAAUUUCACUAUUUUUUCUCAAUAUGCAUAUACAGUCUAUGAAUAUAGUAUGGAUAUGCUUUGGAUUUAGUGAUGCAAUCGCAAAUACCAUAGUCUGAAUUUCACUAUUUUUUCCCAACCACAACAAUGGUCGGUGGGCAAUCUACAGCAGAGAGCAGUUAACAUUACGAAAAUAUUUUUGCAUGCCCAGUAAUUAUUCCUGUUUCACAAUCACAUUUCCGUUUUAUGCUUCUAAUGAAAGUUACUAUCCGAUAAUUAUCCAUCAAAAUGUUACCAAAUGGCUGGCGCCCAGUACAUUCCUGAAUGAUACAACCAGAGAACACAAUAUUUUAUCACAAUUCCAGUCUUUACCUUUUGAGCAGUAAAGCCUUAAUUCAAUCCCAACCAAAUUUCCUAAAACACUGUUCUGCAAGUUUUUUUAUUGAAGUGGACUUACUACAGACGCUAGCACGCAAAAUGUACACAUAUUCAAAUCAGUUGUCCCUUCCUAUUUCCAUCCAGGCGCUGUGAUCAUUGCAAAGACGUUCGAGCAGCCACACGAAAGCUGAUGAUCUGUAAACAUCCGGAAAAUGUAGUUAUUCAUCUCAAACGAUUUUCAUAUACUGGUAAUGGACGCAAGAUAAGCAAACAUAUUCAGUUUCCUCUCAGGUAAGUUUGUAACUACAUUCAACGAACGCUGGAAACGUUAAAGUUUUACCUGUAUUUUUCAGGCAGUUGAGUCCCUCUCAACCCGUAGAUGGGAUCUCACCUUGCGCUAGGUUGGAGCUGUUGCGGAAUUUUCAUUUUAGUAGCCGUUUGAAAAUUCUCUAAUUUUUUAAUACAUCCUGUAUAGUGGUUUUAUUGAUGUUGAAGGGAUUUGUAGAUGAAAAUUUCGAGUGGAAUUUUUUAUAAAUUUAUUAGACCUAACCAGGAUGCAAGUAUCAGCCCUGUGGCAGGAAUCGAACCUGCGGCGCUGCGUUUCCGGUACAGUGCUCUAACCAACUGAGCUAUCAGAGACGGUUGUUGAGCUCUGACCACAAGUUCAUGCAUAAAUACUAAGGUAAUGCCAAUGUACGGUGUACAGCAGAUUUGCUUCGCUGAAUGAAAGUCCAAAUUAUUGGCAGAUAAGGAUAGUGAAAGCACGAAAAAAGCACAAAAGGGGUAAAUAGAAGUAGAAAUAGAAUAUUUAGCUGACCUUUGAGUGCAAGGUGUUUGAUAUUCAAAUUGUAUUUUAAGGAAAAGUACCGGCUACUUUUCCUACCUCAUGAACAGGAAUCGUUUUAUACGUUUCUCAUGUCUUUAUAAAAUGUAUAAUAAAACAAUUAUUGGAUUCGGCUUUCGCAUGAUAUCAAAAAUUAUUCAGACCUCGGUCUAUGUUAUCUGCCUCAGCUUCGCUUCGGCAGAUAACAUUGACCUCGGUCUGAAUAAUUCUUGAUAUCAUGCUCAGCCUCAUCCAAUAACUGCUUAAUAUCGAGUGAGAUGCCCAAAAUCCUGAUGGUCCCACAUUGAUACAUGUUUUGAUCACAAUGCUUGCCUGCUGCGUUCUCCGUAAAUCUCCUGGUUAAAGAGUUUCGAAAAUCCACGACAUCCUCAACGAUGACGUGUUCAUGAAGAAAAGUAGUUUAUCCUAAGAUAAAGAAUGCGAUGAAUCUAAUUAUCUCCCCUAAUGUUAUUUACACUAUUUCCACAUCUCUAAAUAACAUUAGAGGAGAUAAUUAGAUUGAUCGCAUUCUUCAUCUUAGGGUAAACUAUUUUUCUUGAUGAACACGCCAUCAAUGACGUUGCUUUUCCAAACUGUUUAAUCUGGAGCCAGGUGGUGGUCGCACUACGAUCAUGCGUAAAUGGAUCAUGCGUAAAUGUUAAAUAUGAUGGAAAGCAGCUGGGCGGAUCUAUAUAGCCUGCAACGCUAUCAUCCCAACAUUUCCAUUAUUUGUUCACGUAUGCGUGGCUGGCCAGUUACUGUAGCGCAGUAUACAGUAAAUUUGCCUUUUAAAGAACAGUAUAUUUGAAAAUAUGGCUGUAUAACAACCUCGACAUGUUACAUAUUUAAUCGUAAUAUUAAACUAAAGCAUUCUGAGUAUGCUUCAGUUUAAUAUAUAUCAUUAGCUCACAAAUCAAUUGGAUUGUUUCAAGAAGUCAACACGCGCUAACACUAGAAAUUCCGCUGAUCGCUGUUCGAAAAGCAGAAAAUGUAUAUGGUCAAGCAGAUUUUUUAGGGUGUGGCUGGAUUUCGUUAGGGGGGGGGGGGCGCACCCCUACAGUAGAUCCGCCUUGGGUGGAAAGUCAACUAUAGUCAAGGAGUGUGAAAUAUGAAUAUUGAGUCAUGAAGGCUCUUUUGCCGUUCUUAACGGAAGCGACGGUAACAGUACAUAUGAAGGAAUAUUUUGGCCAAAUUUCCAAAUAAUAGUGGAAGAGAUAAUUAGAUUGAUCCCAUUCUUUAUCUUCGAGUAAACUACUUUUCUUAAUCAACACCUCACCAUUGACGAUGUCGUUGAUUUUCCAAACUUUUUAAUCAGGAGCUUAUACAUGCAGAGAACGCAGCAGGCAAACAUUGCGAUGAAUACAUUUGACAAGGAAAGUCGGUAUCAAUAUAGGAUACAUAUAAAAAGUAGACAAUUUUCAAAUGGCGAUUAAACUGAAAAAAUCCACAACAUUUGUGAAGAUUUACAUGUAAACAGGUAAUUGAACCACAGGUCGUCGAAGCACUUGGAUAGGAAAAUUCGUAAUCACGUAUGAUGUUUUCAACGUGCUGAUGGCGUCUGAACCUUGUUGAAAAUUAAGACAUCGCUAAAUUCAAAAUAAUUUUACGUUUACCAAUGAUAUACAGCAACGUAUUUUAGUACGAAAUGUAAAAAUACAACCAGGCACCUCUACGACGGGAUAUUUAAAUAGUGUUGAUGAUUUUCAGGGAAUUUAUCAAGCAUUAUUAGACGGUGAAAUACGCUGGUCACAAAUUUCAAUUAUAUCAACAAUAGAGUUUUUGUGACGGCAAUUUAUUGAUUGUAUUGAUUAUGAAAAUAGAAAUAUGAAACAAAGAUGAACAACAUUCACCUCGAAUACUUUGCCGUGGCACUCGCAUAUUUGGAAGACAAUGAAACCAUUUUGAAUCUCAAUAUAACUACUACCUGGAUGCGAAAAAUAUGAGAAAAUGGAAGAAAAACGCAGUAAAGUUAUAGCUUAAUUUAAGUUGUAUUCAUGACAUCACGAACUUCGAAUGGGUCACGUCUACUGGCGUCAGCUGUCUACUAUCGACGUUUUUUAACUAUAAUAACAAUAACAGUCUUUAUUCAAUACUCAAGAAGUCACGUCUGAGUUUACAUUAUAAAAAUGAUAUGAGAUAAGAUGAUUACUGUAAUAUCUAUGAUGAUAGUAUAACUACAUGUAAUAUUGUUUAAAAAGAUAAAAAUUGAUUGAACAAAGUUAAACAAACAUCGAUUUAGAAAAGAAAGUUUUAAAUUGUUCUGUUUUUAAUAGCGGAAGUUCGAACUCGUGUCCAAAAGCUCCCAUAUUGCAUUAUCUUUAUUAAGUAUUAUUUUAUCCCAAAAUGUUUUGUCUAUUUUAAUACUAUAUACAUUUAAUAUGCAAUCUUCAAUAUAUAACCAUUUCUGUGAGCACGAUUUAUAUAAAUAUGUCUAUUUGACUAAAUGUAUUUAUUGACGUAUGCGCCUCCCCAAAUUUCAAUACCAUGAACAAGCGAUAUAUAGGUAUAAUUAAACUGUUAAACAGCAUGUCCAAUUGUUUGAUUGGGAAACCAUCGUAUUUACGGACAUGCAUCAUGUACAUUCUUCCACUGGCUUUUUUCAACAAUUUUUUAAAGUCCCACUUGCAAAAGAGAUUUUAUGUGUGUAUUUUUAGCUAUAUAUUUCUUUCAAAAAUUUUAAAAGGAUCGGGUAACGGUGUAGGAACAUUUCCCCAAACAAUCAUUUCAUACGUCUUUUUCAUAUUUAAAGACAUUCGAUUAUUUUCAGACCGUACUUGUAACUUAAUUGUAUACUGCAUAUCCACUUUGGCUUGGGAUGUGUCACCAUUUUCAUUCCCUGGUACUUCUAUAUCUUCUGCAAACUUAACUAACUGGUUUACGGGAUCAACAGUCUUAAUCUCGUGAUCGAGAAAAGAACAGGGCCCAGAACUGUUCCUUGGGAGCACCUCGAUUAAUGUUCUUGGGAGCACCUCGAUAAAGUGUUCAGUUUUCAUUCCAUCAACUGCUACCCUCCAAAAAACGGAUUUAAUAGCCAAUUUACAUGAUGGGAAGCUUCUUAAGCUUUUCACAUAAAAUGUCGUGUGGAACAUUAUGGAAUGCUUUGCUGAAGUCAAAAGAUAUUACUCUGACAUAUUUAGCAUCUUUUUCUAAUCAUCUUAACCACACUUGAUUAGAGCCAUAAUCGAAUUAUGUCCUUCCUUAAUGUAUAGGCAAACUGAUCGGAAUCAAUAGCAUUUCUUCUAACAUGAACUAUCUCAGUUUUCAACACACUUCCCUCGAAUAUAGUCAUAUUAUAAUAUCGGUUAUUGAUAUUGGUCUUAGUUGAUUACAUGAGUUCGAUUCUUUAGGGACUGGUAGUAUACGUUUGCAUGUUUCCACAUUUCAGAGACCUUGCUAAAUUCCAAUGAAAUAUUUUUGUUAUGGUAGCAGCAACUCGGCAAGCUCUAAUACAAAUCCCGUUUAAUUUUUUCAUCAAGUUAAUCUUCCGAAUGCAAAAGAGCUUUUUAUACAUUUAUUACACCUAAACCAGGAGCAGUUACGAAACAUGCUACUAUAGGCCCACUAGCAAGAAUCGAACCUGCGAACCCUUCCAUUCUGGUGCAGCGAACUCUAACCCAAUGAGCUACUGAGUCCAGUUGUCGAGCUGUAACCGAUACCAAUGUAAGGUGUAUGGGUAAAUAAGGUGUAUGGGUCCUGAGACAUUUGGGCGUCAUAUCCGAAUUUUUUAUGUAGAUCUGCCGUGUACGUGGUCCAUCGUACGCGAUUGUCCCUGUUAUAUAGAAUCAGGAACAAACUGACUUAUAGUUACUAUUUCUCGAAGAGGGCCCUGCAUGGGGCUUGCUUAUUUUCUCUGCAUCUUAGUCUUAAAUUUGUUAUACUAAUUAUGUAAGUAUAUUAGUAGUUAACCCAAUAAAGUUCUUAAAAAAAAUUCCUGAGUUCUCAUUCUUGAGAUGAAUUUGAGACCACGUCAUUGAGUGUACUGCGUCGCUGAGUUUGCCUUUGCCACGUCGUAGAUCCUCCGCGUGUACUGUAUAUUUAGUUGCGACAUUGUCAACUACGUAUACCCUCGGCCUAAGUACUUUGCCGUGGCUGUGCAGGGUUUCAAUUUAAUUUUAAUAUUUACAUAUUGCUCGAAAUAUUGGGCGACUAUAACAUAUAGGGAUAUGAUCUAAUGUGGUUUUUUAUAUGCCAUGGCUUUUUAAGAGGAAGUUUUUAUGUUACGUAACACGCACUCAAAACUAAUGAAUUCCACUUGGUUAUGACUUGGUUAUUCAAUUUUUUAAUUUUUGAUACAUCUCUCAAGCAGGAAACAAACUUAAAAAGUAUGUUUAGUGCUUUAUCUGUAACUGAAAUGAUGCAAAAAUGAAGAGGUCGGCAAAAUCUGAAGUUAACGUCUAUUUUACAGCAUCAGUGAUAAUUGUAUUUAAGUUGACAAAAUUUAACAUUUUGUCACAUUUCUUAAUCGCCAGAUAAUUUAAAAAGGUAGCUAAUUGUGUAAACUAUAAAAUAAAGCUGAAUCAAAGUAGCCUAAUUGUGAGAGGAAUACCAAAAAGGAUUGAUAUUUUGAACACUUUUCAUCGCAAAUACGCGACAUUUCAAACAAUUGCCUUUUAAUAUGCUCAAUUUUGUCUUUUACAGAGGUCUGGAUAUGUCACCGUUCACUCAUCCUGAAAUUACACGAGAUCGAGCUAUUUACGACCUCCAUGCAGUGUGUAGUCACUAUGGUUACAUGAAUUUUGGACAUUACAUUGCAUUUUGUAAGCCUUAUUCAGAGGAGGAACUUGAUGCAGUGGCUUUAACAAAUACGGAUGGUAAGUUGUUUUCACAUUGUUACGUGCUGUGUACAAGCGAACGAAUAAACGUUUCCCAAGAUGGCUUUACAACCUCGUUCCAGGCCCUUUUUCGUGCGAUUUUGUCUGCUUCCUCUACAGGCCGUGCUGCAUCACGAGAAGGUCACACAAUAAACUUCUGCGAAGCCUGCGGGCUUUUCUAGAAAGUUUGUCAUUAUUUUUUUUCAAUUAAAUGUGCAUUUUGUUGGUUUUGCAUCCGGGUGUAACUCAAAUUUGCCGCCAUUAGCAAACUUCAAAUUGUCGCGUUAUUGCAUUGCAUUGCAUUGCGGACUCAGGCAAGAAUUUUCGCGCGCUUUUUGGUUUGCUUUACCGAAUCGACGCAUUGUUUGAAAGUAUACAUGCAUACAUUCGUAUGUUUUGAUAGUCUUUAAAAAACUCACUCUUGCGUAUUUCAUCCAAAUUGCACUCGUAACCGAACCUCGAGUUCGUCCGAGGUUACUCGAAACCAUGCUAAUUUUUGCUCGAUAUUUUCAUCUAUAAAAACCCUCCAACACUCUUUCAAGUUUCCAAAUGUACCGUAUGCAACAGUGCAAUAUCCAAUGAUGUAUGGAUUAUUACAUGGUGGAAAGAAGUUGUGGACAACAACAAAUCUUUGUUAAAUAGCCUACAUUUGACAAAGUGUACACAACGCACAAUCUGUAUGUAGAUUUGUUUAUCCAUAGGUUGGUUGAGAUACGAUGACAGUAAAGUGAAUAAUGCUAAAGAGAGUGAAGUUGAAAAAACGUGUGCAUAUAUAUUGUUUUAUCACCGAAGGAAAACCGCUUCAAGCUGUAUGAAACACACUUUAGAGGCCACCAGUACUGAAUCUGAAGAUACGUCCAAGGCUGGUCAUUAUGAUCCCCAGGCGAUGCAAGAAAGUGUGGAAACAUCAGAAGUUGCAACAGAACAAAAUACUACGCUAAACAAUUUUAAAAACACAAGUAUUCUAGUGAAAGAACAGGAAAAUAACUGUCGCCUUUCUGCGGACUGUAGCUCAACAAACGGUGAAACAUUACUUGAAGAUAUUUUGGACUAG